AUGAGUUGGAUUCUGUGCCUGACCCUUGCCCUCUGCCUGAUGGUGCAGACAGUCCUGGGUGCUCUGAACACCAAAGAGCCUCUGGCGGUUACUGAACAUGGGAUCCUCUAAGGGAAGCAGAUACACAUGGGGAAUAUACCCAGCUACGUCUUCCUAGGAGUCCCCUUUUCCAAACCUACUGUGGGUGCUCGUAGAUUAGCUGCCCCAGAGCCACCAGAGCCCUGGGAAGGAAUCAGAGAUGCCACCACCUAUGCCCCCAUGUGCCUUCCGAGAUCUUGGGGGCAGAUCACCAACAUGUACUUCAAUAGACGAAAACAAAUCAAGUUGCUGCACUUCAGAGAGGACUGGUACCUGAACGGGUACCCGCCAGUAUGCGCGCGUGGGGACCCUCUGCUGCCGGUGAUGGUCUUGUUCCCAGGAGGCACAGUCCUCGUGGGCUCCACCUCCACGUACGAUGGCUCCGAGUUGGCGCUCGGGAGACAGUGUUGCCUAGCCCUCAGGACCCACACGGUUGGGGCGGCGGACCCUGAUCUUGAGCUUUGCGCACCCAGCACGGGCGACAACCAGGCCCGCGGGAACUGGGCGCUGCUGGACCAGGUGGCAGCUCUGCCCUGGGUUCAGGAGAACCCACAGGCCUUGGGCGGAGAUCCAGGCUGUGCGACCUAAUACUGCAAGUCAUCAGAAGCCAGGUGCAUCUCCGUCCUGAGGAUGGCACCUCUGGCCCAGGGCCUCUUCCAUCGAGCCAUUUCCUAGAGGGGCGCUGCAGUACUCGGAGCUUUCAUCACUCCAGACCCUCUGAAGGUGGCCAAGCACCUCUUCUCUCUGCAAAAGGUUGCCCGCUUAGCAGGCUGCAACCACAACAGCACCAAGAUGCUGAGAGGCUGCCUGAGAGCGCUAUCAGUGGCUGAGGUAAUGCGUGCGCCCAGGAAGAUGAACUUCUUCCACCUGAGCUCCCAGGGAGACCCUUAGGAGAUCGUGUAGUUCAUGAGCCCCGUGGUGGGUGGUGUGGUGUUCCCAGAUGAUCCUGUGGUGCUCCUGAGCCACGGGCAGGUUGCACCUGUGCCCUACCUUCUGGGUGUCAAUAACCUGGAGUUCAGUUGGCUCUUGCCUUUUAUCACAAAGUUCCCACUAAACUGGCACAUGUUGAGAAAAGAAACAAUCACCAAGCUGCUCUGGAGGACCAGCAGCAUCUUGAGAAUCACCGAGGAGCAAAUGCCACUGUUGGUGGAGGAGUACUUGAGUGAUAUCGAUGACCAUGGCUGGACAAUGUUACAAAGCUGUGUGAGGGACCUGGUUGGGGACACUACCUUUGUGUAUCCCACACUGCAGGCUGCCUGCUGCUACCGCUGUAUAUGGGGUCCCCAAGACGUCAUCCUGAAACCCUGCCCUGACGGGGCAGACCACGGGGAUGAUAUCCACUUCAUCUUUGGAUGUCCCUUCUCCGAAGGACAUUCCACAGAUGAGGAGAGGGUGCUGAGCCUCCAGAUGAUGAAAUACUGGGCCAACUUUGCCCACACAGGAAAUCCGAAUGGUGGGAGGCUGCCCUGCCGGCCACACUACAAUGAGAAGAAAAAGGAUCUGCAGCUGGAUUUCACUGCCAGGGUUGGAGUGAAGCUGAAGGACAAGACAAUGGCCUUUUGGAUGAGGCUGUACCAAUGUUAAGGAUCUAAGAGGCAGAGGCAAGUCUAG